CCGACCUGCGGACCGACCGACUGAUCCCGCGCCCCGGAGAGGAGCAGCCCGUCACCAUGGACCCCCCAUCUCUGGACGCAGCCAUCCAGCAUGCCCUGGCAGGCCUCUAUCCCCCUUUUGAGGCCACGGCGCCCACCAUCCUGGGGCAGGUGUUCCGUCUGCUGGAUUCUGACUUCCAAGGGGAUGGGCUGACCUUCCUUCUGGAUUUCCUUAUUCCUGCCAAGCGCCUGUGUGAGCAAGUGCGAGAAGCAGCCUGUGCCCCGUACUCACAUUGCCUCUUCCUGCAUGAGGGCUGGCCUCUGUGCCUGGGGGGUGAGGUCGUGGUACACCUGGCCCCCCUCAACCCUCUCUUGCUACGCCAAGGGGACUUCUACCUCCAAGUCGAGCCCCAGGAGGAGCAGUCCGUCUGCAUCAUGAUCAAAUGCCUCUCCUUGGACCUCCGCACGGUGGACACAAAGCCUGUUCCCGUGUCAUCCUACCCUAUACUUUUCACCCAGAUGGGGCUGGAGACAAUCAACAGUGACUUUGAGGGAAGCCCCCUUCACAACUGCCUGGUUGCUUCAGAAGAUGGAAUUGUCUCUGUGCCCUGGACCAAGAUAACCAGCCCGGAGUUUGUGGAUGACAGACCCCAAGCAGUGAAUGUCCUUUCCCUGGCCUGGGGGUCCCUUCAGUUAGAGGCCCUCGAUUUGAGCUGCCCUCCAGAACUGCCCCAGCCCAAGUCCCCAGGCUGCCAGGAGCUGCAUGCCCAGAGCUUGGCCAAGGGCAAGGGCAGGACUUAUGAAAACAAGUACCCAGGACUCAUCAAAGUGGAGCCAGCCAGGCCUGGGGAGGUGGCCUUCAGGAUGGACCAUGUGGCCAGCCAGGACUUGGAGGGAGAUUAUGUGGUCCUUCUGGAGAGCAAAGGAGGGUCUCCUAGUAGGGAAGUGGAGACAUCCCAUGGGUGUCCUUUGGGGGCAUUGGAGGAAUUAUCCAGAACUAAGGAAAUCCCUUUUUCUCAAAGAACGUCACCUCUCUCAGGCACCAGUGGGGGACCUUCCUUGAAAAAAUGGGCUUGUGAGAAGGCAGCAAGCUCAGAAGAGGAGCCCUGCAUUUUGGACUUGAGGAGAAAGGUCAACCAUAAGGUUGACUCACACACCCAUGACUCAGAACAGCAGCCCCGGGAGCCCUACCUCAAUGUCCUUGAGAAGCCAUUACCCUGGGCCUCUGGCCUCGAGGCAGGUGGUUCAGAAGACCUGGCUUCCUCCAAGGUGCAGGGACAUCUGGGAAACCCAGAAAAUAUGGUCCAGCCCAGGCCUGACCCAAAACAAGAGUCCUCCCUGCAUCUGUGCCCAGCUUCCCCUCCUGCUACUCCAGUCCCUGAAACCAAGAUGGAAGAGAGGGCCAAACUGAGCCAUGGGAGACUUUCCAAACCUGGACCUGGCCCCAGUCAGAACACCUCCUCCUCCAGGUCCCCCACUCCUGGGCUUAGAUUCUCCUUCUUGAAAGGGCAAAGGCAAGCCCCGGGGCCACCAGAGAAAGCCUCACUCCAGCACGACGGGCCCUGGAAAGUCUUGUGUUCGCUCUACUCUCCCAAACCCAACCGAGCCAAGGGCUUGGGGAAAGUUGGGACAACUCAGACCAAAGCAUCUGGCCCAGCUGCUGACUCAGGCCCACUCACCAGGGAAAAGGCUGGCUUUCCAGAAGGUCCUCCUGGAAGAGUCCCCGCUGUGGAUGAGGAGACCCCAGGGCCUGAACCCAGGAUGGGGGCUCUGAGUGUGGAGCUGUUCCAGUCAAGAAUAGCAUGUCUUCCAGGUGGUCGGGACAGGGCAGGGAGGCCCCUGCUUCUGGUGUCAACCACUGAGGGGGCCUGGGAGGCACUGUGGUGCACAACCUCAGAAGUCACCAAGCUGCUUUCCUACCUGUGCACUGUCCCCAGGCCUGAAGAUAAAACCAAGGGGCUGGCUGUUGUGAUUGAUGCCAGGAAACAGCCCCCGCAUCCUGGUCUGGUCAGUGCCCUGCAGGCCACCCAGGCUCUGGCCCCAGCCUCCAUGGGUGCUGUGCUCUACCUGGGGGACGAGGAGGCUGCUCUCCAGCCGGGGAUGCUGCCUGACAUCCAGGUAGAGGUGGUGACCUCACUGAAGGCUCUCGGCCACCACGUGGACCCCAGCCAGCUGCCCCCAGCCCUGGAGGGCUCCCUCCCCUACUGCCACAGCGAGUGGGUGCAAUUCUUCCAGAAGUUGGACCCUUUCCUUGCUGACCUCCACCGGGCCGCCUCCUUGCUAAAGGCUUCCAUCAACCAGAUUGAGAAGAGCGAGCCCCCUGGAGGGGUGCAGGAGGCCUCCACGUGUCUGAGCAAGUCCAAGGAGCUGAUGGAGGCCGUGCUGAGGGACCCAGGCCUGCUGGGCCUCCAGCGGGAAGGGGGAGCCACUCUGGCCAAGCUGCAGCAGGAAGCUGGUAGGCUGGAUUCCAACCCCGAUGUCAGGAGUCAUCUGGCUGAAGCUGUCGCCUUGUACGGCCUCGUGGAUGAGCGGCUGCAUGUCCUAGUCAGUGCAUCUAACCAUCUCCUGGGGAGGCUGGAGCUCCGGAUCCGCCUGGGCCGUCUGGAAGCUGCCAUCCUCCAGGUCAGCAACUGGAUGGAGCAGGAGGGGAGCCGGUGCCUGCAAGCGCUGACCCCCAAAGACAGAAGCUUGGAGACCGUGGAGAAGGCGCACGUGGAGUUUGAGGACUUCUUUCUCCAGGCUGCAGCCCAGUACCGCCGUGGCCUGGAGCUGUCCAAGCAGGCGGCUGAGCUGGGAGCCACAGCCAGAGGAAGCCGCGCGGCGGGAGGAGCAGAGUUCCCGGAGCUGGCAGCCUUCGCUUCCACCCAGCGGGCCUUCCAGGCGAAGCUGACCCACUUCUACAUGGCGGCUGAGCGGCAGCGCACGGACCUGGAGACGCUGCUCCACCUGCACCUCUUCUGCAAGAAGAUGACCUGGUUUCACACAGACUGCCAGGACCUGAUGAGGCAGCUCAGGCUGGGCAAGGCCCAGAGGGCCAGCCCCGGAGACCAGCGCCGCCUCGACCGCUACCGGCAGCGCCUGGCCUCGGAGUUCCCCACAGAGAAGCUCACGGCCAUGGGGCUGCAGGUGGCCUCCCUAAGCCAGGAGGGCCUGGGCCAGGACCUGUGGGAGGAGGCCCGGGUGAGGCACGAGGAGAUCCAGACCCUUCUAAUGGCCCACUGCCCAUGCCCAGAGGGGCCCAAGGCCCGCUCAGCACCCCCAGAAGUCAGAAGGGCAGCUCCCAAGGGCCAGGGUCCGAAUGGAGAUGUUGCUUCCAGAGGAAGGUGGGGCCUGCCCCCUUCAGACUUACCAGGCCUGGACCAUUUACCAAAUCCCUGCUGGCCUCGGGCCCCCAGCGAGGGACAGAACAGAAAUGGGCAGGUGGGCUUUCUGCCCCAGGAAGCUGGUCGGGCCGUAGAGGCUGAAGAAGGCAAAGGCCCCCAGGAGUCCUUUUGGUUUCCAGCCCCUGAACCCUUCUUUGACCCCCUAUUCUCCCGGCAGCGACUCCUCAGGCAGAGCAAGACCCCCCACCCUACUGGGGGCAGCUUCUCCUCGGAGGGGACAGACUCACAGACGUCUCUGGAGGACUCACCCCAGACGAGUCCCCCUGCGUCCCUCUAGCUAGGACCUCCACCAAUGGCACCUGGCCCCAUGGUGGCUGGGGAGGGGCCCAGCAGCAGGAGGGAGCUUUGGAGCCCCGGCUGGGGCUCGUGAGCACUCACUGUGUGUUUGACCCAUGCUGGGAGAGGGCAAGAAGCUGAACCUGUUCCCUGACCCAGAAACUUCUAGGAAGACGUGACUCACCAUCAGAAUAGUGAGAACAGAGGGCAAGGCAGGACACGGAGGAGCCUAGGACCGACUCCACAACCCCCGGGACCCAUGGUGGAAAGAGCUGUUGGUACAGACCCUUCCAGAGGUCUUAGUCUCAGGCAAGC